AUGGCCGCUGCAACCGUCGCCGUCCCGGCUCCACUGCCACUCGGCAAGGUGUUUUCCACGACGCCCGCCGCCCAGCCACCACCUGGCCAGCCAGAUAUUGCAUACCACCCGGACUGGGACAAGUACCAGGCCCGUGCAGCCCGCCGCACCCAAACUGAAGAUCUCCCCAAGAUUCUACCUGAGGGUUUCCCCAAGGAGCUCAAGGGUGAUCUGGUCUGGGAGGGGGAGACUAUCGCCCAAAAAUACGACUGGACGUACGUGCUCUCGGCUGAUCAGCUAGCGGAGAUCGAUAGUGCUCUCGCACACUUCAAGUCUCUCAAUCUCGCCAAGGGCUACAUCACGCAGGAGACAUUUCCCCUGCCCAACUUGCAUGCAGAGCUCCGCCGUCUGUCCCAUGAACUGCAUUUUGGUCACGGCUUCUUCGUCAUCCGCGGCCUUGACGUUGAUAAGUACACACGCGAGGAGAACAUCAUCAUCUAUGCUGGUGUCUCCUCACACAUCGGCUCCGUCCGCGGCAGACAGGACGCAUAUUUCGAGGGUAAGCGCGCCGACGUCGUCGUUGGGCACGUCAAGGAUGUCAGAUCCGGACUUGGUGAGAACCGGGAUAAGGAAAAGGUGAAAAUCGGCACUCCGGCAUACACGGCCGACAAGCAGGUCUUCCACACCGACUCAGGCGACAUUGUCUCGCUUUUCGCGCUCUCAACGGCCGCCGAGGGAGGCGCCAGCCGUCUGGCUAGCACGUGGCGUGUAUACAACCAUCUGGCCGCAACGAGGCCCGACCUCAUCCACACCUUGAGUGGGACGUGGGAAGCGGAACUCUUCACCAAGACCGUUGACGACAAAGACAAGUUCAUGAGCCGGCCACUGUUGUACCAUCAACCCGCCAGCGCCGACGGUAAGACCCCCGACAGGGUGCUCCUCCAAUAUGGCAGGCGAUACUAUGUCGGGUUCGGGGAGCUGCCGCGCAGCAGCCAUCUGCCGCCUAUCACCGAGGCACAGGCCGAAGCUCUCGACGCUCUGCACUUCCUGGGUGAGAGAUUUAGCGUAUCAACCAACUUCGAAAAGGGUGAUAUGCAGUACGUCAACAACGUGGCCAUCUUCCACGCCCGCGAUGGCUUUACCGACACACCGGACAAGCAGAGACAUCUGCUGCGCCAGUGGCUACGCGACCCUGAGAACGCGUGGGAGACCCCCGAGCCGCUCGCCUCGAGAUGGGACCGUGUGUACGGCGGCGUGACUCCCGAGUUGCAAACCUUCCCGCUCGAGCCUCACACCCGUAGCGAGAGUACGCCUGGUGGUAAGAAGUGA